AUGGUGGUGAUCAUGUGCAUGGGAGCAGACAAAAUACGAGAGAUCAUGCUAGCUGCACACAGACGACGGUUGACCAACGGCAACUAUAUGUUCUUUAAUGUUGAACUCUUCAAUGCCUCUUCUUAUGGCAAUGGCUCAUGGAAGAGAGGAGAUAAAUAUGACAAUGAUGCGAGGCAAGCCUAUGCUUCUCUGAACACGGUAACACUGCUCAGGACAGUCAAGCCCGAGUUUGAAAACUUCUCCAUGGAAAUGAAAAAGUCCUUUGAAAAAGCUGGGCUUCAUGACUGCAAAGACUGCGUCAAUAUGUUUGUUGAGGGAUUCCAUGAUGCCUUGUUGCUGUAUGCCAUCGCCUUGCAUGAAGCCAUGAAAAAUGGAUACAGUAAGAAGAAUGGAACAGCGAUCACGUCACACAUGUGGAACAGAACCUUUGAAGGAAUUGCUGGCCAGGUGUCCAUGGAUGUUAAUGGUGACAGAAAUGGAGAUUUUUCUUUGAUGGCCAUGACCAAUGUUGAGGCAGGAACCUAUGAGGUGGUGGCCAACUACUUUGGUGUAAAUGGAACUUUUCAGCUGCUGCCUGCCUUCAAGACUGACCAUUUCACUCUGAGAGGAAGACGUAAAGUACACACAGAGCUGCCAGAUAAAUCAUGUGGACUAGGAGUAUCAGCUUUGACUGGAGUCAUAGUCGGAGCUGUUCUUGGAACUGCAAUGCUUAUAGCAUUCUACUUUUUCAGAAAAAACUACAGGAUUACCAUUGAGCGUCGUACACAUAGUGAAGAGGGCGGAACUGGGAAGCACCGUCAGUUACGAGAGGACUCCAUCAGAUCGAACUUCUCAGCAGCAUAAUCAGCAGUAGUGGCAGUCCCCUUUACAGAGAAUUACACAUCUGAAUGUUACCAAAGACUGAGAUAUUUUGUGUUUGUAUCCUUCAGUGUUUUGAUUUAUUGUAACUCAGGACAGUUGUAACAGCCACAAAGCACCACUUACUUGGAUGUUCCUCCAUACAAAGGUAUAUGAUUGUAUUGGUGUAUAGAAAGCUUUGGCCAUAAUAUUCUUUAAGGAUUUGUCUUUUUUUAAUAUUCAGACAGUGGUUACCAUGACUGUGAAUGAUUCAGAACAGACUGUGUAUCUAACACUACAUUCGCAUGAACUAGUAGGGUUGGUGAGGUCUACUGUACUUUUGCCUUUCAUGCUGACAAAUAGAGGCCUCAUGUUUAAUGGUAGUAAAUAACAAUGGAAGAGCAAAACUUGAUACAGCUGGAGUUAACUGACUAAAAAGAGAUAUAGGUUAGAUCUAUAUCUACACGUAUAGGCUAUAAGCUACUGAUAUUAAGCUACUGAUAUUGUAAUGUUUUCAGUUCACAUAACCUCGUUGAGAUCCAGCAGCCUCCAUACAAAUCAAAUUCCUGAUUCUUAACUGAGCACAUUGGUCCUAAAAUGAGAAACACUGGGUCAUAUAUUAUCUAGAAAGUACAUCUCUUCUGCACCAUUAGACUGGCUCAUUUAAAGCAUUUCCUUUUUAAAUUAGUCUGUUUUAUAAAUUCAGGUGCUCCCUGCAUUAAAGAAAAAGUGGUACUACUUUCUGAUAAGGCAUACUUUACAAAGUACGCUUUAUAAAUGUUUAAUAAAUUCUUCACUUAUGCUUUAUAGAUCAGUAAUAAGAGCAACCUGGGUUGGGUUGUGGUUGUUUCUGGCUUCACGGUUAACUGUCCUCCCAAUGAACUGAGGGAAAACUCCUAUCAGUUAUGAUCAUCUGACCUGUCUGAUCUUCGAAGUACUGAAGUUUGUUGCCCUGUUGGGCUUUUUUUCUUUUUUUAAAGCAAAAUAACUGUUCUGAGAUCUUACCAAUUACUAGUGAGUAUGUCAUCAAAACUGAGCAAAACAAUGCCAGAGUUGCAAAAAUAGUUUUAAAAAAACAAAAAUAUGAUGAUUAAAAAAAUCUAUUUUUCCUUUAUAGAGCUAGAAAAACAUAUAAAGCAAGUUUUCCUGCUGAAAGAGGAUAAACAAAAGUUUCUAAGUACUAUACAAAGGCAACUGGACCUGCUUGAGGUUCUUGAAGACGUUUCACCUCACAUCCAAGAGGCUUCCCCAGGUCUGAAUAAACAAAAGUUGUUUUUAUUAAUGAUUUAUUAAUGAUGUAUUCAUUAUUUAAUUAUUUAACCUUGCCAAAGACAUAUCUUCCAAAUUAUAAACUCUUUAUAAAUAUUCCUUAUCAGAAAGUGGAACAGAAAUCAUAAUUAACUCAUAUUCAUGACAAAAAAUAUCUCUAUGAUAUAAAAGCAGCGUGAGAUGCAUUUCCUAAACAGUAAAGACUGCAUGAAAAGUAUUUCACUCCUCAUUAUUGAAGUUUAGACUUUUAUAUAAGUCUCUGUCAGCUGUGUUACAUUAUUCAUGCAGGAGUUAAAGACAAGGUUUUUAUAGAA